UACUUGAAAUGUGCAUCGUGAACUUCACUUAUGUUACUUCUCUGUGCGCGAAUUCAGCAACGUUACAUGGAUAGAACAGACGUUUCACUGAAGUCUUUUGCUCAGAUCUGAUCUUCCAUCCUUUCUUCACGCUCCUGGUUCGCAGGUGGCCGAAAAGAUCUUUAACUUGUAUUGCAGUUCAGUGCAUACACAUCCUGUGUGACGUCACGGAGAUUGUCGAAGUGACGGCUCAAUGUCGCCGAAGUGUGAGCCGAUGUAGAUGCGGGCAUCCGGUGUGACGUCACGGCAGCGGAUGUAAGUGCUUCAGGCAUUGACUUCGGCAGGGCCAGAGCGCCUACGGCCGUGUUACUGCCGACAUGAGAAACACGCAUGUUACAGCCUUGUUUCUCCUGAUCUUCAUAAAUAAUGUGUCCAGCAGUGAGCAGAACACAACCGUCAUUGUGUGGGAUGGAACCUCCGACCUGCAAACAGAUGCGUCAGAUAGCGCGGACACUACCAACCUUGCCCACGAAGGAUCAGGGGAGAUAACCCAAAGUAUGCCGUCCCUAUGGGAGGGGUCAACGCCCUUUGGAGACACCUCUACUCAACAGAAUGUUCUACCAGGUAGUGCGGUGUCGAAGAUGUCGAUACGGGACGACGGUGCGACGACAUUUUCUGCCCCAAGUCAAAUGUCCUCUUCGACGAGGUCAACUGUAACAAGCGGUAGUGCAGGGGAGAUAACUACUCGCGGCACCACACAGAAGUCGACUGAUCCUUUUGAUAAACAAAUGACAUCAGAGGGGGUGACUGGUCACGAGGAAGAGACGUCCCAGGAUCAGGGCACGGCGUCGGAAUCGUCAACAACUGCAACUGCCACAUCGACUAAGACUGAUUCGACAUAUAGUAGUUCGACUGAGUUUACGGGGGAUUCUUCUACAACAAACACGGUAACAGUGCAGCAGGGUAUGCAGACAGUACCCCCAUCUGCUUCAGACGCUCCUGUUACUUCACCGUCUCCAUUCACGUCUCCAUCUACGUCCACACCGCCUGUGCCCACUACAGCAUCCGCCUUUGAUCAGAGUGCAUCUACAACAGGUGACGAUGUCACCCUCCCACAAACGUCACCCUCCUCAACCACAUCGUCAACGACCACGUCUACAUCAACAACUACCACUACAUCAACAACAACAACAACAACAACAACAACAACAACAACAACGACAACCACCCCUACCACCAUACCCACAACCCUACCACCGACUACGACAACUCCUCCACCUACUCUUGGUUCUCCAUGCAGUCACAAAGACAGUUGUAACCACAUUCCGAAUGCUCACUGUGUCAAUACUUGCCAGUGUAGUGCCAAAUUCUAUCAGUCGGACCAGUCAUGUGUCUCUGCGUUACAGGUGACUCCCCAAAACAUCACGGCAACAUUCCUCAGCUACACAACUGCCGUGGUGAGGUGGUCAAUUGCACGCUCCAGUGACGUCAUGGACGUCAACGUCACAUAUUAUGGACGUCUAAGCGUUGAUGCUACCACGGAUAACGCCACAUUAUACUCUCUGAGACCUGGAACGGACUACAACAUACAAGUGACUGUAACGACGAAAGAUGGACGGACCUUCGCCUCUAACACAAUCCAAUACACCACACGCCCGGAUAGCGUGGAAGGUGUGGCUGUAUCUAGCAGAGACAAGCAGAUAACGAUCAGGUGGAAUUCUCUACCGGCUACACCAAACGUAUCAUACGUUGUGAACAUCAACGGGAAAUCUAACAGUACGAAGGAUACAGAAAUCAGACUAAAAGCAGAAUACGACACAUGUUACAACGUGACCGUUCUAGGUAGGAACAGGGCCGGGUUAGGACCUGAGUCACGUGUUGUCCAGGUUGCCACAGAUGCUGGGGUCCCGAGCGUUGUGCAACACCUGAGAGUUACCAACGUGAAGUCGCGGACGAUGAUGGUGUCGUGGACAUCCCCGCCUGACGCCAAUGGAACAGUCAUGGCGUACAAUAUCACCGUGAAGGACGUGACGACCGGGCAGGUCAAGAUGAAGAAGCUCACCUGUAUAGAUUGCGGGUCACCCUGCUCCGGGCAAUUACAGGGGUCACUGCGAGAGUCGUCCGGAUUCAAUACGUCCCAGAAGAGGCUAACCGCUACCUUUUCUCUCUUGCAACCGUUCACGUACUACGCUGUCGAUGUCGUUGCCGUUACGAGAAAUCACACUGGGCAGGCCGUCUCCAUCAACUUCACGACGCUGGAAGGAAAGCCUCGGCAGCCCGAGAACGUUUCCGUACAAGCCGGAACAAUAAAUGCUACCAUCAAGUGGUCGAUAGCAGGACGCCCUCGUGGUAACACCUCCUAUGUCGUCAUCACGCGGGACCUCGAGAAUCACACAGCGUGGGAGACACAGUGCGACAAACGACACUGUCUUGUGGUUGGUCUGACGCCAUACUGGAACUACACAUCAACAGUGAGAGCGAAAAAUACGAAGGAUACAAAACUCUCCAACAACGUCAGUUUCUCAACGGAGGAAGACGUUCCGGGACCGGUGACUGAGUUAAAUGUGACGGGGGUCAAUAAUAUCCUCGACUUGAGAUCGCUGACCAUCACCUGGAGGCCCCCGACACUGAGGGAGAGGCGCGGCAGGAUCCGGGGAUACACCGUGCACGUGCAGUGCCAGGGGAAAUUAUCGUCGUGGAAGAUGAGUAAGACAACGCUGACGUUAAAUAGAGAUGUGCAGCCGGAGUGCAGCUACAACAUCACGGUGUUUGCUUCUACAAGUAAAGGGAAUGGCAGCCGGGUGAGCCGUCAGUUGACCACAAGACCAGGGGCUCCGCCAGAGAUGGGAAGGAGGGUCAUGGCAUCCAACAGCCGAGUCGACGACCCAAAGCGCCAGAUCGCGAUAAUCGUACCACGUGACGUGUGCAACAGCUCCAAUGGGAAGGUGCGAGUUUGGGGCGUGGUGGUUCUCAGAAACAUAGACCAAUAUCAAGGACGAUACCGUGGACUGAGAGAUGGGUAUUUCCACCGCUACCUGCCGUCCCAGAUCGUCAUCAACAAGUCCGUGGAUCACUGUGACUUCAGGCAGGAUAAUGACGUAAUUAUCGGAGAUGGCCGGUGCGGAAACGAUGUCUGCAACAACCGCCUGAAGCCCGCCAGCAAGUAUAGGUUUGUUGUGUUCGCAUGCACGGCCACGGGCUGCAGCGAGACACACCUCUCUGUGGUUCUUGAGACAGCGAGCGAGGAGGAGGAGUCAAACACGUACAUAGUGGGAGUGGUUGCUGGCAUCGUGCUGAUAACCCUGUCGUCGUUGUUGGCCGCGGUGCUGUACAAGCUGUGGCGGAAGAGGACCGCAGUACGCCCUAGUGUCCACUUCGACCCGGCGACCAUCGAGCUGGGAGCCAAGAAGGCGAGCAUUGUGUCGCAGUCCCAGAAGUCAAGACCUGUGAAGCUGCAGAAUUUCUCGGACCACGUGGAACAGUUACACAGAGACUCCAAUCUCGGCUUUGCAGAGGAAUUUAAGAUGGUGGCGCAGGUGUGUGGGCGGCAUCCUACAAAGUCAGCAGAACAGCAGGCGUGCCGUACAAAGAACAGAUACACCAACGUCCUACCAUAUGACCACUCCAGGGUGAAGCUGUUGUCCCAGGACGACGAGGAGGGCUCCGACUACAUCAACGCCAACUUCAUCACGGGCUACAACUGUAAGCGGGAGUACAUCGCCGCCCAGGGCCCGCUGCCCAGCACGAAGGAUGACUUCUGGAGACUCAUCUGGGAACAGAGGAUCAGCAUGGUCGUCAUGUUGACGCAAUGCAAGGAGAAGGGCAGGAUCAAGUGUGAGAAGUACUGGCCAGACAACUCUGAACCUGUGUACUUCGGGGACCUCAUAGUGCAACUCCGCUCAGAGUCCGUCCUACCAGACUACGUCAUCCGGAUACUUGACGUCAGACAGGGUAACAAAAGACGUGUGCUACGUCACUUCCACUUCCUGAAGUGGCCCGACUUUGGCUGUCCCGAGAGAACAUGCCUCCUUCUCAACUUUGUGUCGGCGGUGCGCGCGCACAUGCCCCACAACCAAGAGGGACCAACGGUUGUACAUUGCAGUGCGGGUGUAGGUCGAACUGGCACGUUCAUUGCCGUGGACGUCUUGCUGCAACAGAUCCGAGACUACGGCGAGUUGGACAUCUUUGGCCUCGUGCUGCAGAUGAGGAACAACCGACCCCACAUGGUCCAGACAGAGAGUCAGUACAUCUAUAUCCACGACUGCAUCCGGGACGCUCUUCAGGAGGAAACUGACGAUGAAUGCGAGAUGGAGGAAGAAGAAGAGGAGGAGGAGGAGGAGGAACCCAUCUACCAGAACGCCUAGGCGGUAACACCACAAUGGCUGACCAACUCCACAGGAUAAACACUGACAGUGUGAGAAUUUUCAGGGUGGACCAUAGCGCGGGAGACGCCCUGGAUAUAUGUGCGGAGAGUUGUGUGCACACGGCACGCUGGAACGAUAACUUUGAACUUUCUGUGGCAGCCACCCUGCUGUAAAAUGUCCUUGAAGUCAACAGACACAUUACAGCCGGUGAAAGUGAACCCGUUGCCGGACUGCACGGGAUAGUGAUAUCAUCAAUUUGUGUAAUCUAUGUGCAAAGGAGGAUUCAACGCCAAACUUGGAUGUUGCACAGAACCAGGAUUCGACUGAUGCGCCGUGGUGCAUUGCGUAAUGACAGCCAGGAAGACGAUGCGAUUAUUUCGGAAGCCUCAACGGACGGUGUUGUUUACUUUGUUUAUUCUGUUUACUGUGACUCAACGGCUGUGUGGACAAACGACAUGCACGAGUCUUUCAGGAUGUAGGACAAGCCUACGGUAGUCAUAUGACUAAGACUUGAAUCCAAAUACUCGCCUGUGUGGAUAUUAUCAUAUUACAGUCUCAUCCACAUUUCGUUCUUGCUGAAGAUAUAUAGACCCCUUUUAAUGUCUCAAGAUGACUGUUCACAUUUUUCUUGCGAUACAAGAAGAAAUUUCAGUACCUACCAUUUUCACGUCAACGAUUUGAAUCAAGCGUUCUUGCGGAGUUGUCUCCGCUUGGAUCAAGGCUGAAAGGGUUAUUCUUUUUCCCCUCUCGAACACGAGUUUCCUAGGGCGGUUAAAGGGGAUAACGAGAGCAAAGGAGAUGGUUAGAUAUAUAAGAUACGGAGAUAGUUUUUUAUCUGUUUUGAUAUUUUAUUGGUUUUUUUUUGUUUGUGCUGAAAUAUCGCUUUAAAGCUGGCUGUCAAUCAUUUUUCCACUUUAUAUUUGUGUUUGUAUAUAUUGGCAAAUACCAUUCACUAUAAACAAACUCUAUCGAGUGCUAUAACGGUAAUGAAAACUACAUGAGCAAACCAUAUGUCAAGUAAUAUUCACAUCAUAUUUACCUGUAUGUCAAACGACCAGAACGUUCCAUAACAUUUAAAUUCCACCACCCUUCAAUUCCGUUAGGAAUCCGACUAUAACAAAGUAUCAAAUGUAAGAAAACAGAAUUGUUUCUUUUAAAGAAUGUAUACCACUGUCAGGUACCUACGUUAUUUACGGCACAAACUGUACCUAAUCCAUCUUAUAUUACCCAUAACGGUAGAAUGGUCGUGUGUAAAAACGUUCCAAUAUUUGCACAUGUGCAUUUUAGAGAUUAUCAAUGGUGAUUGGUCAAUUGAAGCCAUAACACGUCACAAUGAUCAUUGUUCGAAAUUCGAUAUCCAGGUUUUAUGACGUCAAUAAUUGAAUACUUUACGUCAUCUGAACAAUAGGCUGCCUUCAAUGAAGUUUCUCUGCAGGGUUGACAUUUCAUUUAUGUUUCCUCAUUUUUUCUCUUGAAAUGCCAAUGAGUAAUAUAUAGAUCAUCCACCAUAGCUGUAACAUGCAACUGUUUGUAUAAAAUAAGUUGGCAACACGUUCACAUGGGAUUUUACAACCAGGUAUCUACAUCCCAAGCUGUGAGAUCGUGCACUGCACGCACUGACGAACAAACCCGUGAUGAAAUGUUAACUUAUUAACAUGUAUAUCAUAAUAUUCCAUUUUUUAGAAUUUAUGCUAUAUGUAUAUUUAAAGCGUUAUUUGUUUGUUUACCUUACUUUUAUAUAUAAUCAGAUAUGUUUAUACUGAACGUGUUACAACAAAACCAGUGUUUUGGCAAAACUCUUUGUUUGGUCAAAUUGUUUCAAGUGAUAUAUGGCGUGAAGGUCAAAUGUUCCAGCCAUGCAUACAUGCAUUCCACAAGAAGACAUUCCUCACAUCCCUUUGGAAGCCAUCUCCAGAUGUAAUCAAUGUAUAUCAUUAAAUAUAUUUGCAUAUAAAUAUUUUCUCAGAA